AUGUCAGCAUUAAUUCGAAUUCCAAGUCGUGCUGUUCAUCUCUCGGCUUUCAGACAUGCUCGAGGUCCUCUGUCUUUUGAGGGGUGGUAUCCUCGUGAUCAUAAACCUGGCCAAUAUCCAGAGACUGAGGAGGAAAGAAGAAGCGCAGCUUUGAAAUAUGGAAUGCGCCCUGAAGAUUACAUGCCGAUUCAUUACGAUGAUGUUAAUCGUCAUGCUGGUGACUAUCCAUAUCUUGGAAUAGUUACUUUUGAACACAAGGAUCCAUACGAGUCAUGGACAGACAGACAUCAUAGAAGGAACUGGGGUGAACUGGUGGCGAUAGAUGCUAUGCAGUUUCGAGGGGACAGAAUUACUUUUACUGGUCUUGAUCAAGAAGAUUUUGAAUGGAAAGAAACGUUAAAGAUGUACUUGCGAAUUUUUAUCCCGAUAGCCAUUUUCUGUUAUAUUUCUACGAGAACGGACCCAAGUGCUCUCCGUUGGCGAAAUCCUGCGAUGCCAAAACAGUAUCCUCUUGAUUAUUAUCGAGCUUGGCCUUUUGGGGAUCCUCGGCAGUACCCAAUUGUAAAUUACACUUUUGAACCCCUUGAUUAG